AUGGAUUUCAUCAAGAAGGCCGCUGGCGACGCUCUCAACAAGGGCAACUCGAGCAACAACAACCAGCAGACCCAGGGCGGCGACAACACCCAGCAGCAACAGCAGGGUGGUGACAACCAGCAGCAGCAGGGCAGCAGCGGCAGCAGCACCGACGCCGGCAAGCAGGAUUACCUCGACAAGGGCAUCGGCUUCGCCUCCAAGAAGGCUGGCUACAACGUGGACCGCAACACCGAGGAGAAGAUUGGCGACGGCGUGCGCGGCGCCUACGAGAAGUUCUCUGGAAGCAAGGUUCCCGAGAAGUUCUCCAACUAA